AUGCGCUUCAACGUAAUCGGCUUCUCGGCCCUUCUGGCAAUCACUGCCUCCGCACUCCCCGUCGCGAUUCCCGACGUCGACUACGUCGAGCAGACCGUCUGGGAGACUGUCUAUGAAACCGUCUACCAGACUGCCCUUCCGACCAGUACUCCGAUCGGUGCGCCGAUCAGUGCACCAAUCAGUGUGCCUACCAACCUCGCCGAGGCGGUCGCUCCUUCCACCACUGUCGACUCGUCGACGUGGACCCCCGCCUCCUCUAGCUCAAACAGCUUCAGUGUCCCCACCGUCAUGCCAACCGCCGCCAGCGCCCCAUCCGGCACUAGCACCGGUCCCACCGCCGCCGGCAGCGGUAUUUCCAUUGUCAACAAUCUUUCCCAGACCGUUUACCUGUGGGUCGUGACCGAGACCGCCGGUGAGAUGCAGAUCGUUCCCGCCGGCCAGACCUUCGCCAGCAGCACCUGGCUCACCAACACCAACGGCGGUGGUGUCUCCAUCAAGAUGUCCACUACCGAGGUCUGCGACGACAUUCUGCAGUUCGAGUACACCCAGUCCGGUGAUAUCCUCUUCUGGGAUAUGUCUUCCAUCAACCUGUCCAAGACUUCGGAGUUUGUCAAUGCAGGAUUCGCUGUCUCGAUCAGCGACAAGUCCUGCCCCACCUCUACCUGCGCUCCUGGUGAUGUCAACUGUGCCCAGUCCUACCAGCAACCUUAUGAUGUCAACACCUUGGCUUGCGGUCUCGAUGCCGCUUACACUCUCACUCUCGGUUAG